UUGUUCUCUAUUGCUGCUGAACCUAUGCAGUGGUGAAAAACCACCGCAUCCCUGGGUGUUGGGAGUCUUUAGCAGUCGCCCUCCUCCGCCGGCACCGCUGAAGACAGCCCCCAGUGAGGGCGGCCAAAGCUCGGGGUCCUGGGUUUCCAUGACGACACGCAGGCGCUCCGGAAAAGGGCGAGGCGACCAGCUGCUGGCGGGAAACACAAUUUACCGGUAGCAGUUGUGUCUGUUUCCCAUCACUUCUGAGGCGGACCGGCGCCCACGCUGCCCUGCCCCGACUCCGCGGAGCUGCUGUGCCCCAGGGCGCUGCGUGCGGGCGAGGCCUCGGCCCCGAGCUCCCCGUCUGGAGCCGGGGACCCCCUCCGGGUGGGGCCGGCGGUCGGUGGGGGGCCCGAGCAGGCUUCUCAGUCGCGUCAGGUGACCUGAGAGAACACAGAAGGCUCCCCAAAGAAGGAAAACCGAAGCUAGAUGGAUUAUAAACUCUGAUCCUAACAUAAGCCCCAAAUGGAUCUCUCUCUCUUUUUUGCCUGCAGGACAGUGUGGCGGCACGGCCAGACCCCAGUACGCCGCUGGUUUGUUUCUAAGAUAGCUUUCUGGAGCGAUAUUUCAAAUUACUAAAGCGAGUGGUAGGAGGCCUUGACUGUUAUGUCUCUUCCGAAAACGCCCUCCACAUUGCUGACCUCCUUGUCAACACCUGAGGGCAAGAAAUUAAGAGUCUCUGCAUCCAAGGAGGAGACAGUACUUCCUGAACUAAAGGAGAAAAAAAAUAUGGUGGAUCGUUCAAAACCCCUUCCUACAUCCCUUCAGAAUGAGUUCAUCCCUGAGGAAGUUCUUCUUUCUCUGACCUAUGCAGCCAAUGCUGGUCCUUGUCCUGAAAACUUACUGCCCCCUAAGAAAACUAAAACCCCAAAGGGUACACUUCUGCGUCCGGCUGACCAAGUCUGGUAUCACCCUGUCAGAAGAAAUAAGUUCAAAUACCUGAUUGACCAUCCUGUUUCCUUAACUGGUGCUGGAAGGGAUAUUUCUUUUCUGUACGAUGUUAAAUAUGUUAAAGGAGAGGCCAGGGAGAGUUCGCUUUGUCCCCCAUGUUUGGAACGUUCAUUACAGUCACAUGAUGGUGUCAUUGUGCCUCAUAAGCCAAAGAAACUAACAGAUACUUUGCUUCCUGAAGAAUUUCAUAUUGUGUCAAAUACAGGAGUUUCAGGUUUGGAGUGUUAUGAUGACAAAUAUACUACUCUCCUCACAGAUAGUGAAAACAGGCUAUUGCUCUUCCCAUCCAUGAAACCUAAUAAAAGAGUAGAAGUGGUCCAGCUGAAUGAUGUGAUGGAUGCUAUGCUAGAGAGGGCUGGUGUGGAAAAUCAGGAAUAUACAGGGCCAACCAAGAUGCACAAACUACUACAUGUAUUGAGGAAGGAACAGACCAUUUACAAUACAGUAUUUCAUGAACUUAUUCGACAAGUCAGUGUGGAUUGUGCAGAUAGAGGAGAACUACUGUCCAAAAUCAGAGAACGGUAUGUACAAAUGCUUGACCAAAUUGCCCGGCAGAUGAUUGAUUUCUACAAAGACUUGGUAACUCAGCGAAUGAUGGACCAGCGCAUUUUAGAAGAACUGUACAAUUUUAAGAAUGUUAUUGAAGAACUGACCAGGGAGCUGUGUCUGGUUCGGGCUCAUGAUAUGAAAUUAACAAAGGAAGCAGAGAAAGCCCACAAGGAUUUGGCACAAGCUCUUUUAGAUGCUGAAAAGAAUGCUAGGAUUGUAGAAGAAUACCAUGACUUAUACACAUUGCAAAGAGGAAGGAUGGAGAGUGAUAUUAAACAGUUAAUGGCAGAAAGAGAUCUCUGGAGCUCAGCCACAUAUGAAUUGGCCCUAAAGGUAAUUGAAAAAAAUAGAGUCAUAUUGGCUAAAAGACUUUACCUCAAUGAAAAAGGUUGGAAUAAAUAUGCUAAGCAUUUCAUCAUACUGCUGUCAACCAAGGACACUGCAGACCUUGCACUAUUGCAGAAGUUGACACAGAAAUGGAGAAGCUCAAUGAAUAGAUUUAAAAAGGAAGUGGAACAAAAUGAAGAGUCUACAAGGGAGAAAUUACAAACUGUUAAGGAUGGUCUUAUCACAUGGCAGGAGUUCUUCAGAAAUGAUGGAAAAGACAUUUCAUCUCCUAGUAAAGAAAACAUAUUCGAAUCCAUUAUUUCAGAUUUCAAGCAGUGGCAAAAGAUGUUGAAUGAAGAUAAAGACAAGUAUACUGGGGAUUUUCUAGUGUCAAAGUAUGAUUCUCUCAAGAUUAUUAAACAUUUACAAGAAAACUGGACAGAUGUUGGGUUUGGGAUAUUGAAUCGCCAUAAAAGUAUGGAGGGGGAGAUGCCACCAGAGCAAGAGCACAUGAAGGAAAUUGUGAAAACCAUAGGAAGACUCUACAAAGAAUUUGAAAUAAGAAUAAAUGGGGAUAAUGGUAUCUCUAAAAUUAUUCCAAGUUUGGUUAGUUCUCUAGAAUUCUGUUCUUUCAAGUUGGCAAAUGUCCUGGAGUUUCCUGAAAUGCUUCAUGAAGAAUGGGAAGGAGUUAAUGAAAAAGUUAAUGAAAUGAAAUCUCAGUUGGAUGCAUCAAUAAACAUUAUUGGUACCGUUCCUCAGUAUAUGGAUGUGGAUUCUGGCCCGGUACUCCAAGCACAAAUAUUUAACAUGAUUCAACAGUGGCUUUUGAAGAUAAGCAAUGAGAUUAACAAUGGUAACAUUGAACUUCAGCGCCAUAUGGAUGAAUUGCAUAUAUCUAUGAUCCAGUGGAUGGUAAGCUUGCUGAUUUUAAUGGUACCUGACUGUACUGACCAAAACACUCUCCCAAAUUUGAGGAAAGAAAGUGCUGAGAAACAUGAUCUAGGAGUUGCAAAGUUAGAGCUAGAUGCGAUUGCACUGGCCAGAAAGUUGGCGCAAUAUUCCAGCUAUUUGAGCAGUUGUUGCAAAGGGCUGGUAACAGCUAUGGCUCUGAAUAAGGCAGGUCACUUAGAAAAAAAUCCUGCUAAGGAACUUCGGGAGCUGGAUGAGAUGAAGAGAGAAUGUUAUGAAUGGAUCACCACAUGUUCUCACCUCCUUUCUGGGAUCAGAGGCAGAAAAAUAAAGUUACUGACAAAGGAAGAAAAAGAACACCUAUUUGGAGAAGAGGAUUUUAUAAAAGAAUUAAUUGAACCUGACAUAGACAGGCCUUCUAGAGAGGAGGAAGAAGAAAGUAUGGAGGAUAAUUUUAAGAUGCAAAGGGAAGAAGAGGAGAAGCCUUCAACAUCCAAGGAGGAGGAAAAACUCAUUAGAAUAAUUGAAAAAGAUGAAAAUAUUCAUUCCAAACCUCUAUUUGAAGCAAAUAUAUUCUCUUCCUGGAGAGAAUCAGCGAAUCGAGGUACAUUGGCCCCAAAGUAUCUUGAAGCAAUGGCUAUCAUUGAACGCACACAGGAGAAGUUAUUAGAGGUUGAAAGCAGAGCCAGACAAGCAGAGGAGAAGUUUGAGGAUGUAAAUGAGAAACUUCAUUAUACCCUUAUAAGAAAUAAAGAACUGGAGAGAGAAUUAGAGGCUAUUUUGAUGAGGUCUAGAGAGAAGGAGUUUGAAGGAAGAGAAGAAGAAAAUGAAGGAGAAAGAGAAGAUGGAGAAGAUGAAGAAGAUGACAAUAAUGAAGAAAUCAGACCAGUAGAACAUUCUCCAAAAUCUCUAAAGAAAGAGGUACAGCGCAAGGAAGGUCCUCUCAACCCUAAACCCAGACCCCGGACUAAAUCCAAGACCAAGUCCAAGUAGCAUCCUUAGGGUGCUGGGCUUCAGCAGGGCUCCCCUCACUGAUCUCUGUGUGCUACUUAGCUGACCCUGUGGCUCAACUGGAGGGGCUCCCUGUGCAACAGCUACUAGAAAAGUCAUGACAUACAACCCAAGAAUAUUUUCUCUUUAAAAGUCACAGUGAAAGCUGUAGGGAGUAAGUGCAUUAGUUUAUCUCCCGGAUUAAAAAUAGCUUGUAAAGUUUGCUGGCCUCUUCAAAUGAUUUCCUAACAGAGGUCUGUGAAAAGUGUUAGUUCCUGUCAAGCAAAUAAUGUUUUUUGAAAACUCUGAACUCUGCAAAGAGUGGCAAAUACAAAGCAUUAUUUUUUCAAUUUAAAAGAGAGGAGCCUGAUGAUGCUCUUGGGUUUUGGCAGCAUUUUCAGAUUUCUUAUGAUUUCAGGCAUUUUUAUGAUUUAUUUGAUUUUCACAAUAACCCUACAAAGUAGGUGGGGGAGAUGCUGUUAUUAUCCCAUUUCUCAGAAGAUUAAACUGAGGCCCCCCCAAAUGGUUAUAAGACUCCCCAAGGUCACAGAACUGAUGGGUGUCAGAGGCCCCUGCUUACUGGACCUGUGUCUGGAUGUUUGACAGUAGUGAUGGGCCACCAGGCCACUGCUCAGAUGGUUUCCUUCACAGGGAAAGAAUGGAAGAUUGUACUGAAAUUUAGGAAUGCUGCUGAAGAUUCACCCAGAAUCGCCAUUUUUUUGCUUUGAUCGCCUCACUUGUCUGCUCUGUUCAUGACCCCGGAUCCAUUGAGGCACUAGAGAUGGACUAACCUGCAAAAAUAAGUUGCGAGUGACAAAUGGACAUUUGGAGCAAGCACUCGGCAAGGACCCCCUCCUACCUUACUGCUCCCGGCACACCUGCAUUUGCUCUGAUCUCUGGCUCCAAAUACCUAUGCACCUGCUUUGGCUCACAUAUUUGCUGUUCCUUUGGAUUUAUCUCCAAAUUUUAGACCCUUGCCUGUUCCCUAAGCCUCAGAAACCCUGUGACUCAGAGUCCUCAGUCUUUUUCAGCCCAGUCCCUGGCCAGGCCUGCCUCUGCCAUCAUCAAAGUAGGUAUAAGAUGGGUUUCAAAAAUGCUUAGGGUCUGUCCGCCUGAGCCCACUGGAUGACUCUUGAAGUCUGAGCAAAGAAACCUGACUUCAGACAGUUGGCUGUGCUUGUGGCCCAGCUGACAGCCAGAGCUGCCGCUCUUGACCCCUGCUUACAGUUCUUGCUUGCUGGGGCAUAGCCAGCCCUACCCUUUCCCAAAGAGAUUCUUAGGUGAUCCUAGAAAAUUUGGAGGCUUUUUGGUGGGAUUUCCGAAUGCUGCUUUUUUUUUUUUUUUUUUAAGAUUUUAUUUAUUUGUCAGAGAGAGCACAAGCAGGGGGAGCGCCAGGCUCCCCACAGAGCAGGGAGCCCGAUGCGGGACUCGAUCUCAGGACCCUGGGAUCAUGACCUGAGCCGAAGGCAGACGCUUAACCAACUGAGCCACCCAGGUGUCCCUCCAAAUACUUCUUAAUUGAUUUCCCACUUUGCAGGAAUGAGUGGUCAUUUCCAUACAAAUCAGCAGCCCCUCUCCCUGAACAUGAGAACCUUGCCCCUCAGAACGUGGCAGCUCCAUUGGGUGGAUGGCUCAGUCUCUAAAGGCCAGAGUUAAGCCUGCUGCCACUACAAUUAGGAUGAGAUGUUUGGCACCUAGUUAGGUGGUUUGGUUGUGAGUCAGAGAAACCCACUCUUGCAAACACACAUAGAAGGCUAAUUUAUUGAAAGCGUGUUGGGGAGCUCAGGGGGCUGAAGGGAAGUCUUUUUUUUUUUUUUGAGAGAGAGAAAGAGCACAAGCAGGGGGAGCGGCAGGCAGAGGGAAAGGGAGAAGCAGACUCCCUGCUGAGCGAGGAGUCCGACGUGGGGCUUGAUCUCAGGACCCUGGGAUCAUGACCUGGGCCGAAGGCAGCCGCUUAACCGACAGAGCCACCCAGGCGUCCCACACACCUUAGUUUUGGAUUGUACUGUCCAACUUGUCCUCCACACAUCAUUUCAAGAUCAGUAACUAGCUAGAAGGUAGCUCCUGGUGUCAAGAGGAGACUUCUGCUGCUGGGAACUUGCAGACAGCACGAUCAGCUCACCUUGCUAGUCUCAACAGAGUUUCCCUUGACCAUUCACAGUUUCAUACAACUUAGUCCUGAUAUUUCCCACCCAUCAAACACUCCCAUCCCAAUGGUCAGUUAAUAGUUGAAGAUAUCACAGGCUGCUUGAGCAGAGCUGGAAGGUGCCCUCUGGCAAGCUAGUGAGAAAUUUAAAUGUUGACUGAGCCAGACAGCAGAGGAGACCAACGAAUGGGUGAUACCAUAACUCCCCACACCUGUAGGUAAAUCUGCCUUUGACAAAAGGAGCCAUGCUACAAGGAAUUCUUAAGGGUCUUAAAAGCCAUUAUUAUUAUUACCCUGGCAUUCACUCCUAAUUGGUCCUUUAAAUGGGCUGGAUCAUCAAUGACCAUGCCCUGGCUGGUCCACAAAAGCAAACCGCAAACCCCAUCUAUUAGAUAUUCUAGGAAAUCACCCAGGAAUUUUCCCCAACUCUCAUCCUAUCUAUUACUGCCUCCUCAGUGCUUGCUUUCCUCUCUCUGGUACCCUACUUUUGGCAGAUUUAGGUAUCUGCUUUUGGCUUACUUGGAUUUGGCAGCCUUUUGGAUUCCAUAUUUUGUAUUUUGGCACUUCUGGUUUAAAGCUUUGCCUGCUCCUUUGGCUUCAGAAUCUCCCAUUGCCUCCAGCCGAGACUAAUCAACCUAUGGCUCUCAGCACUGCCACUCCCCCACAACCAAGUAUGGUCCUUGGGAGUAGGGAGGGAAACUUCUUUUGAGAAGAUAUGGAAAUAUUUUUCAGAAAUGGAUGAAAUAGCCUUUUGAAACAAAAUUCAAAGUUAUCAUCUCAGUACAUAGUAACCAUAUAAGCUGAUUGCUAAAAUAAUAAACGAAUUGGGCAUGAUUGUAUGAAUAUGUGGGUUUUGAAAUCAUCUAGCAGUUCUGCAUAAUCUUGGGAAGAUGCAUUGCUUGGCCAAUACCCUCAGGUUUGAAGGCUUGGGCUAGAGUGUGUGGCUUUCCCAGCUGUGGAUGGAGGUGAGAAGGAGGCUUAGAGGUGUAGGACAGAGAUGGCCCUAGGAUGGCAUCAUUAUAUACUGCUGUAUUAGCAUGUGCCACUAGGGAGUUUUUGGUCUUUUUUUGUUGGAAAACAGGAGGAAAGGCAGAGAGGGCAGAAGUGUGGAAGUGAUCGAGAGGCAAAGCAUCCUUGAUCAUGGGCCCUGUUUCUGUUACUUAAACAUAGUGGGGAACCAGCCCAUCCCCAACAGACACAAUGCUAUAAAAGUUUCUAGGUCCAUUCUUAGGAGAUCAGAAUACAUUUUCUCUCUUGAAAUAAUGCGCUGUAGGGUUUUAUGGGUUAACAUUCAUAAACAAAAACCCUUUACAGGUGUGUUUAUGUAAAAUGUUUAAAGUUCUCACUUAGGGAUACCACUAUUUCCUUCUGUACUACCAACAUGGAACUUCCUAUUAUAAGUAGCAUUUUACUAACAUACACGAUAUUAGUAAUAUUUUGGGGAUGUUAGUAAGAUUUUAUAAUAUUAUUGAUUUUUUUAAGUCUAUAGAGGAUUUGCUGUAUACCUCAGGAUGCUUUCUUAUUUGGCUAAUUUUUUUCUAUAGGUACAUUUUUUUUUUUAAAGAUUUUAUUUAUUCAUUUGAGACACAGAGAUAGAGAGAGAGAGAGCACGAGCAGGGAGAGAGGCAGAGGGAGAAGCAGGCUCCCCACUGAGCCAGGAGCCCGAUGUGGGGCUCGAUCCCAGGACCCCGGGAUCAUGACCCGAGCCGAAGGCAGACGCCCAACCAUCUGAGCCACCCAGGUGCCCCUAUAGAUACAUAUUUCUAAUUGAGUAAGACAAGUUAAUGGAAAGUAAGACUUAUAAGAAUCUAUUUAUAUUAAAGAAUAUCUGUACUAGAAAAGAAUGCUUCAGGACAUGUAUAGGUCACAUAAUGUCAU